AUGCUCAAUCUAAGCGACCUUGGUUUUAUCAGGUGCGUGAAGGAGUCACAAACGUCUAGCGUCUUCCAGGUAUCUUUACAAGGACGACUAUGUCUCAUGAAGGUGAGCGUUGCAUAUGUUCGUCUGAAGGAGCGAGGGUUAUGCCAGCAAGGGAUUGUCCCGGACUUUUAUGGGGUGAUCGAUCAAUUAGAUCCAAUGCAAUGGCAACCUCACUUGAACAAAUUUCUGAAGGAUAAACAUCGCCCAAACGCCAUCCUACUGGAGUUUUUUCCACAUUUGAAACAAAUAGGCCUUGAGACAUAUACGGAAGACCGUGCCGCAGCACUUCUGAGCAUCAUUCAGCAAAUCCAUGAGGCUGGAAUUUGCCAUUGUGAUCCAUACCCUCGCAAUAUAAUGGUUCAGCCAGAAACAGAUAGAGUCCUCUGGAUCGAUUUUGAUCGCGCCCAAACUGUUUCUGACGAGUCUAUCACCGAUAGACAUCAUAGCUGGAUGGAAGAUGAUACAUUGAUGACCGCUGAGCUGUUAGACUUUCUGGCAUUUCUCGUCUCGUUUUGCCGGCAGUACUUGCUGCCACCAGAUCUGCGUGGCCGUUAG